AUGGAUCUUUUGAACUCCCCUUCCCCUUCCCGUCCUCCACGCCGCCAGGACCGCUCCGGUGACAGCGCGCGUCUCGCCCAAAUCAACCGAACUCUGCACUCUGCACCUCCACACUCCACUUCACCCCCGCCUUUUAGAAAGCAUCCUUCCCCUCGCACUCUGAGCAAACAUCGGUGUGAUCUUUUGGCCGCUCCGGAGUCUCACAGGGUCAGAACAGCCUCCCCCUCCCCACUUUGCAGCAGCACCUAUACUCCCACUCACCUGCUCUCAACUCUGACACGGCUGACCAGAUAUGACCAACCUUUCCCGGAUAGAAAUGUCAACUCUCGUAAGCACUUUCUCUUCACCUUCCCCCUCCCCUUGUCAAACCCAUCCAGCGUUCGCUCUAUCCCGCACGGACCACGAGACACGCCGGAAGAAGCCGGUUAG